AUGAGCUUCGACAUUACAUUAAACUCCGAGGAGAAGAUCGUAUAUGGAAUAUUGUUCAGGAAAGCCGAUGAAGAGAAAAAAGGUUUUAUUACCGGAAGUAAUGCUGUUAAAUUAUUUUCAAAGUCUUGGUUACCGCAGAAUGUGUUGGGUGAGAUAUGGCAGAUUGUAGAUUCGAGUAAUAAAGGAGUUCUUACAAAGGAGACAUUUAGUGCCGCUCUCAGACUCAUCGCUCAAGCACAGAAUGGGGGCAAGCCGGACGUUUCCCUCGUCAGCAAAGAGGCUCCAUUACCUCGUUUUGAUGGCGUUUAUAUUGUCUCAGAAGCAAGAAGAAAGAAAUACAAAAACGUGUUCGAUCAAUGUGAUGCUAAAGAUGGCUUAUUAGGAGGUGAUAAGGCAAAACUGUUAUUUACUAAAUCAAAACUGCCAAUAGAUAAAUUGGCCCAAAUAUGGAAUUUGGUUGAUACCAAGAAUCGUGGUGAAUUAGAUGUGACUGAAUUUAUUAUUGCAAUGUAUUUCAUCGAGGAGACAAUGAAUGGGACACUUACCACACUACCGCAGACGCUUUCACCCGAACUCUAUGAAUCAGCAUCCGGUGGAACGCCAUACGAGCCGAACAAUAUAUUAAGCACAUCUUCGCCACUUCUUGUUCGCCAACAAACAGCAAGAGCAUCUUCCUCAGACAUAUUUGACACACUCGUGGAUGAUGCUUGGGAUGUUAGUCCUGAAGAUAGAACGAAAUACUUUGCAUUGUUCGAGCAAUUGGAUAAAGAGGGAAGAGGAUAUAUUACAGGAGAGCAAGCAGCCACGUUUUUCUUAAACUCGAAAUUACCACAGGAUGAUUUGGCUCAGAUAUGGGAUCUAGCCGAUAUUGGACAUCAAGGGAAAUUGGACAGAUAUACAUUUGCCGUAGCCAUGUACUUGAUCCUUAAGCGACGGACAGGAAACGCAUUGCCUUUGACUUUACCGCAGACUCUUAUUCCACCAUCGAUGCGAAGAGCUAAACCAAAUUCUGGCCCAACGCCCGCGCAGAUAGGGAUUCCUCCAUUAUACAUACCUCCUGCCGCUGAUAAUCAACGUUCGAGCGAUUUCGAUUUGUUAAUGUCAUCACCGACAUCACCUAGAUAUUCGGUUGGCGGCAUAUCCGCUCGUCCACCAGAAAAUGAUAUAAUCAGCUCGCAUGAUCUUCCUGCUCAAGUAAAUAUAGCUGCCGGUGAAGUUGGUAAACUGCAGCAACAAAUAUCCCUUAUGGAAGGGAACACAAUUGAUAUGAAAAAAAAACAAGAAACAUUCGAGUCGACUCUAUCAUCUCUCCAAAAGCAGAAGCAGGAACUGUCGGUAAGACUAACGCAAGUUCGAACUUUACACGACGCGGAACUGAAAUCGCUACAAGAGGUAGAGAACAAUUAUCGAAAAGAACUUGUUGCGUUGGAACAGGUUAGAAGUGAAUUAAACCAAGCAGAGAGAGUAUUCGCAACAUUGCAAGCCGAAAGAGACGGAUUAGCCAAUGGAAUUGCUAAAAAUCGAGACGAAAUACAGGAAUUGAGAAAGCGGAUUAGAAUCACGGAAGAGAAUACGAAUAAUAUCAAACUUGAGAUUGAAAAAUUAAAGAAGGAGGAAGGACAGCAAAAAGGGGUACUUGCUAUUAAUAAGAAGCAGUUAUCCACUUUGGAAACGAAGCGAAUCGAAGCUCUUAAGACCCAAUCAUCUCUGCAGGAUGGUGUCACUCAAUCAAGUGUUGUAUCUACACCUGUCUCUGAAAUACAGUCACCAUUUCCAUCUUCAUCUGUGUCAAAGCCUGAUUUUGAUGAAUUUGUUGACGCGCCGAGCAAUCGAUCCUCCCUAACUCACAGUCAGAAAGGAUCGAGUUCUUCCUUUCCAGAGAUUGAGCCUAGAAGAGCGAUGAGCGUCGGAGAGAGCGUUAAUCUAGAGGAAGACGCGUUUCGAAUUAAGGGGAUAGUAGAUGACAAUAAUACCAAUAGCACUCUUAAGCAAGAGGGCGCACUCGAGAAACCAGCAUCCAUAGCAACUUCAAAGCCAAGCGAGUUUGAGUCUGUAUUUGGAGAUCCUUUUGCCCCGAAAGAUAAGGAAAGCUCCGUUACCGCGACUAAUGCGUUCGAGACUUCAGUUUUCACGGCUUCGCCAUUCGAAACUGGAAAUUCGGACCCUAUGACGCAAUUGCAGAAGAAUACUGAUAAUAUUCAAAGUGUCUCCAAGACUGAAGACAAAAUCAAAGAACCGACUGAUCAACCCACCUCUCAACUCAAGUCCCAAGAGGUACCAGCUGAUCCAUUCGCCCAAUUCACGCUUACACCAUCACUUAAUAAAUCCAACAUUAAUGCUGCGUUUGGUCCUGCAUUCUUUGAGGGCGAUAAAGAUAAUGAUCAAGGUACACUUACGCCUGAUGCAUUUGCUACCGAGUUUCCGUCAUUACAAGAUUUCGAAUCUGGAAAUUUCGGAUUCGAGGACAAUUUUACUAUUGAGGGUAAUGCGGUGAAGGAGGGCGAAAAGGACGUGAAAGAGGAGAACAAAAAGGAGGACAAGAAGGAAGAAGGAGUGGUUUGGGAAAGCAAUUCAGAGGUUAUUGGCGACAACAAAGAAACGGCGAAUAAUAUGACAAAGGAAGAAAGCCUUUCGGAUCAAGGAACAACGUCUGCAACGUCUGAUGGAGUAAAACAAGAGAUAGCUAGCGGUGACGUGAAACAAGAAUCUACAGUAACCAUUCCAGACUCGAUAUUUUCCGAUUCGGAAAUACCGAGUGUCACUAACAUCGCGGAUAAUAUCAUAAACACGUCCACACCAUCUUCAGAGCCGUUUGCGUUUUCUCUGCCUCCUAUUACACCUGAAACGUCUACAAUAGAUGCCAAGCCAAUGGCUUCUACUGCUUCAGAAUCUGUUCUGCCCUCCGCAACGACGAAAACGCCAAGUGCGAUUUCCUCACAAGCCGUUUCCAACGUCGAUUUUGAUUCCGUGUUUGAAGACUUGUCAGCAGCACCGGUUGGACCCCCCGUACCAAUUGAUUUCGAUGCCACAUUUGAUGAGAGUGAAUUCGACAGAGAAGUUAGUUUUACUUUUGAUGAAGGUGACGUUAAAAACUCUAGCAGUGAGGGCAAGGGUGUACCUCCCUCUGCGACCUCUGCCGCAUCAAAUAAAACCUCUCCACUUGCUUUUGAUCCUUUUGACCCUUCACAUAUUGCUUCAUUGCCUGGCGGGCCUUCACUCACAAAUACAUUCGACACCAAAACAUCUCGUUCGAAUUUGGAUGAAGCAUUUGGUGGGACAUCUCCAUUUGCUGUCAAGAAAGAUGAUAUCACGUUUGGAUUUGAUGAUGCAUUCGCUGAGUUGACAAACAGUGCUGCAAAUGGUACAAACGGCGCAGACAAGAAUAGUGCAAUCGUGAAAGAGAGCGAGGCUGAUAAACAAACUAAAACGGGAAAUCCUCCAUCAAAAAGUAACGAAGAUGAAGAUACGGCUGAUGUAAAGAAAUUACGAGAUAUGGGGUUCUCCAGAGAGGCUGCAGUUAAGGCUCUGGAAAAAUUUAAUUAUAAUUUUGACAUGGCAGUAGACUUUCUGGUUGGUAAUUGA